AUGAAGCUGUUCACUGCUGCCAGCCUGCUCGUCGCUGUCGAGGGUGCUGCCAUCUCCAGCUUCCAGAAUGCCCUUCAGUCUGUACUCAGUGUGGGCCAGUCACGCUCAAACACUCCGCCGAACAUCUUGCUAGUAAUCACGGACGAUCAAGACCUGGAACUCGACUCCGUCGCAUACACCCCGCACAUCACACGGCGGAUCCGCGACAAGGGAACUUUCUUUCGCAAUCACUUCGUGACCACAGCACUAUGCUGUCCCUCGCGAGUGAGCCUGUGGACCGGUCGCCAAGCACAUAACACGAACGUCACAGAUGUUCAUCCGCCUUAUGGCGGGUAUCCCAAAUUUGUCGACCGCGGGUUUAACGAAAACUUUCUUCCCGUUUGGCUGCAAGAGGCUGGCUACAACACCUACUAUACCGGAAAACUCUUUAAUGCCCACACCGUCGAGAACUAUCACAGCCCUCAUGUCAACGGGUUCAAUGGCUCUGACUUCCUCCUCGACCCCUACACAUACUCGUAUCUAAAUUCCACCUACCAACGCAACCAAGACCCUCCCCGAACGACCUUUUUUGUAACCGUGGCCCCCGUGGCUCCGCAUUCCAAUGUGGAACCCGACGUGUUGGGCAAUGUUCCCAUUAUGACCGCCCCGAUUCCCUUGGCGCGGCACCGACAUCUCUUUGAAGACGUCACAGUUCCGCGGACAGAAAACUUCAACCCAGAUGAGCCCAGCGGAGUCAGCUGGAUCCGAAAUCUGCCGCAGCAAAACCAGACGGUAGUGGACUACAAUGAUCACUUCUACCGUUCGCGUUUACGUGCCUUGCAGGGCGUGGAUGAGUUGGUGGACUCGCUCGUGUCGCGCCUAGAAGAGAGUGACAUGCUGGAUAAUACAUACAUUAUCUAUACUUCGGAUAAUGGAUUCCACAUCGGUCAGCACCGGUUGCCGCCCGGCAAGACCUGCGGCUACGAGGAGGAUAUUCGGGUCCCAUUGUUCAUCCGAGGACCUGGAAUCCCCGAGGGAUCUGUACAGGAUGCAGUGACCACGCACAUCGACCUGGCACCGACGAUCUUCGAUAUCGCGGGGAUUGCUCCACGCUCGGAUUUUGAUGGCACGGCGAUCCCGGUGACGUCAAGCUUUUCGGGACCGCGACAUGAGCAUGUCACUGUGGAAUACUGGGGAAGAGGAGUCGUGGAGGGAGAUUUCAGUGCGAUUGGACCUGGAGGUCUACCACUAUUCCCCAACAAUACUUACAAGUCCGUUCGCCUGCUGGGUGAAGGCUACAACCUGUAUUACUCUGUCUGGUGCAAUAACGAGCAUGAGUUGUAUGAUCUUUCGACGGACCCCUACCAACUGCACAAUCUUUAUCCCACACACAUGCACAGGGGGGACGAUGAAAGCGAAACUCAAAUCCUCGGCCGUAGCCUGUCCCGAGCUAUCAGCCGUCUUGAUGCGUUGCUCCUGGUGCUCAAGUCGUGCCAAGGGGUAACAUGCAUUCGACCUUGGAGCGUACUUCAGCCUCAAGACUCUGUUCGAAGCUUCCGUGAUGCUCUUGAUGAAGACUUUGAUUCCUUCUAUGGAGAACAGCCUCGUGUAUCCUUUGACUGGUGUGAUGCAGGAUAUGUGCUCGAGGCUGAAGGCCCCCAGGUGCCACUGACAAGUCGCUAUGGACUAUCGUGGGAUGUGUGGGUAUGA